CGAUUCUGUACCGUGAAAGACAGUCAAAAUUCUCGGGCUGUUUAUACCCGUCAUUUACAAUGGUAGUAAGAUCCUUACCAAUGGGCGAAGGGAUGUUGAUACCAAACCAACAGGUGAAAGUAGACUAUAUGGCAAUUGACGAUGGGCUUCUGCACCAAUGCAACCCUGAAUGUAAUGUAAUUUUCCCACCUAGUCCGUUUGAGGACGAUGAUACAGAUAUGCAACAGACAAUAUUCGAAUUUGACAAAUACCUUCCUAAGGAAGCACAGUCUUGUACCUCGGAUAGCAUCCAGAUGACGCCACCAAUGAAAGAGAACAGACGUCAGAGUGCGUCAGUUAUCGAUGAGUUAUUUUACGACGAUAGGUUAACGCUGGAUAUUCUUAGCAACUUUAAUAUUCUUCUGAAAGAAGAAGCAAUGGACAUGAAAUCUUCAUGUAGCUAUGGAAAUGCAUGCUCGUAUUCGCAACAAACGAACUCCAAUAUGUCUUGUCAAAACAACAAGACCAAUUUAAACCGAAUUCCAAAUGGAAUCCAGAUUAAACAGGAACCAUUAGAGAACUUUCCACCACAGUGCAAUAUGCCUUCAUCAUUACCUAGUUUCUCUACCAUGCUCUCCAUUCCACGGAUUGCUUCCGUUACAUCAAGCCACAAUGUAAAAGAGGAGUCUUCGAAUAUUCAUGUUCAAAAUCACAAUUCUCACUUCCAGACGCCUAACGCGUACCUAGUGUCUCCGAAUUACGUGAGCAAUAACUCGGCGACUUCUAUGUUUUUCAUGCCUCCAACCCCACCUAGCUCUCUUCCGGGUUCACCAGAGGAAUGUAUGUCAGAGAACCCGUUAAGACCCCCGCCCCCUCCAUACCCAAUUGCUGUAGCUAACAAGAUGUCAACGCAUAGUACACACGGUUGCCACACCAAGUACAACCGCCGAAACAAUCCUGAUUUGGAGAAGAGGCGAGUCCAUUUCUGUUGCUAUGCAGGUUGCACCAAAGUGUACACCAAAAGCUCGCAUCUCAAAGCCCAUCAAAGAAUACACACGGGCGAAAAACCGUACCUAUGCACGUGGCCGCAGUGUCAAUGGAGAUUUGCCCGCUCAGAUGAACUAACUCGUCACUAUCGCAAACACACCGGUGCCAAGCCGUUCAAAUGCAAGGUAUGCGAACGUUGUUUCUCCCGGUCCGACCAUCUCUCACUGCACAUGAAAAGACACCAGGAAAAAGCACAGCAUCGGCGAUGAACCCGCAUCAAGAGUUUUCUAUAGACAAUUGGAAGAGACAAAGUAAAGAUGUAAUUUUGUAGAACAUUUACCUGUCGAUCUUCCAUACGAUGGAUAUGUUGCGUAGCGGAGAACAUGUAUAUUUGUAUAAUUAACCGACAGGAGUCUGUAUAUAUUUUUAGAAAUUAUAGUCACUGCAGAUACUUUCGAAGGUGACAGAGCUUCAAAUUCCUGAUAGAUAUGUUUUGGUUUUUAGACUUGAAAUUCUUAUGUUGCAUUUUACAUGAUGGAUUUUAAUCUAUUAAAUUAUUAAGGUCUUAAAUCAUUAAAAAAAAAAAAAUUUUAAUGGUUUAACCAAUUUAGUUCAACAAACUCUAUGUCACAGAUAUAGGCCAAUUGCGACAAUGUAUAGAAGUUUCGGUGACGUUGCUUCAAAAGGUAUAAGAGCUUUCUUCCGGGGUCAUUACAACCUUUAUGUCUUUAAUCCGUGAAAGGAAGCUAUUUGCCUGCAUUUCCAUAU